GCCUGAGUUCGGGAGCGGCAACAGAGGGGGCUAAGACACUCGGAGCAGCCUUGCCGUCUUCUCUGCGUUCCUGUUGACUGCCUGGGUGCCCCCUCCCCUGACUCCUCGGUUCCUGGUGAAGAGGCUGCGCGCUGCUGUUUGGGGAAGGGGUGUGUGGAGCCGGGUCUUCUGUCCGCAGUGGCUGCUGUCUGGGGGUCGCCUAAUCGCGGAGGUGUGGAGACUCCUUCGGGGUCGAGCACAUAACGGGGUUCGGGUGUCUGGUGUGUGAACAUCACAGGUCUAUUCUGGAUAGCAGGUUUGUGAAGACAUUUAUUCUUUCUUGGACCUCAGAUUUACCAGACAUCUCAUGGGUUUGUGGAUGCACUUAGAUGUUUGCAAUGAGCACUGUGGCUGGCAUGCCCCAGUGUUUUGGAUACCAAUGCAUAGGACUCCAUAGUAAUCGAAUUUACCAGAGGCGAACGUCAUGAGCAUAGUGAUCCCAUUGGGGGUUGAUACAGCAGAAACGUCAUACUUGGAAAUGGCUGCAGGCUCAGAACCAGAAUCCGUAGAAGCUAGCCCUGUGGUAGUUGAGAAAUCCAACAGUUAUCCCCACCAGUUAUAUACCAGCAGCUCGCAUCAUUCACAUAGUUACAUUGGUUUGCCGUAUGCGGACCAUAAUUAUGGUGCUCGUCCUCCUCCAACACCUCCGGCUUCCCCUCCUCCAUCGGUUCUUAUUAGCAAAAAUGAAGUAGGCAUAUUUACUACUCCUAAUUUUGAUGAAACUUCCAGUGCUACUACAAUCAGCACAUCUGAGGAUGGAAGUUAUGGUACUGAUGUAACCAGGUGCAUAUGUGGUUUUACACAUGAUGAUGGAUACAUGAUCUGUUGUGACAAAUGCAGUGUUUGGCAACAUAUUGACUGCAUGGGGAUUGACAGGCAGCAUAUUCCUGAUACAUAUCUAUGUGAACGUUGUCAGCCUAGGAGUUUGGAUAAAGAGAGGGCAGUGCUACUACAACGCCGGAAAAGGGAAAAUAUGUCAGAUGGUGAUACCAGUGCAACUGAGAGUGGUGAUGAGGUUCCUGUGGAAUUAUAUACUGCGUUUCAGCAUACUCCAACAUCGAUUACUUUAACUGCUUCAAGAGUUUCCAAGGUUAAUGAUAAAAGAAGGAAAAAAAGUGGGGAGAAAGAACAAAACAUUUCAAAAUGUAAAAAAGCCUUUCGUGAAGGAUCUAGGAAGUCAUCAAGAGUUAAGGGUUCAGCUCCAGAGAUUGAUCCUUCAUCUGAUGGUUCAAAUUUUGGAUGGGAGACAAAAAUAAAAGCAUGGAUGGAUCGCUAUGAAGAGGCAAAUAAUAACCAGUACAGUGAGAGUGUUCAGAGGGAGGCACAAAGAAUAGCUCUGAGAUUAGGCAAUGGAAAUGACAAAAAAGACAUUAAUAAAUCAGAUUUAAAUACCAACAGUUUGCUCUUCAAACCUCCUGUAGAGAGCCACAUACAAAAGAAUAAGAAGAUUCUGAAAUCUGCAAAAGAUUUGCCUCCUGAUGCACUCAUCAUUGAAUAUAGAGGGAAGUUUAUGCUGCGAGAACAGUUUGAAGCAAAUGGAUAUUUCUUUAAAAGACCAUACCCUUUUGUUUUAUUCUACUCUAAAUUUCAUGGGCUGGAAAUGUGUGUUGAUGCAAGGACUUUUGGGAAUGAGGCUCGAUUCAUCAGGCGUUCUUGUACACCCAAUGCAGAGGUGAGGCAUGAAAUUGAAGAUGGAACCAUACAUCUGUACAUUUAUUCUAUACAAAGUAUUCCAAAAGGAACUGAAAUUACUAUUGCCUUUGAUUUUGACUAUGGGAAUUGUAAAUACAAGGUGGAUUGUGCAUGCCUCAAAGAAAAUCCAGAAUGUCCUGUUCUCAAACGUAGUUCUGAAUCCACAGAAAACAUAAAUAGUGGUUAUGAGACCAGAAGGAAAAAAGGAAAAAAAGACAAAGACAUUUCAAAAGAAAAAGAUACACAAAAUCAGAAUAUUACUUUGGAUUGUGAAGGAACAACCAACAAAAUAAAGAGCCCAGAAACUAAACAGAGAAAGCUUUCUCCAUUGAGACUAUCAGUAUCUAAUAAUCAGGAACCAGAUUUUAUUGAUGAUAUAGAAGAAAAAACUCCUAUUAGUAAUGAAGUAGAAAUGGAAUCAGAGGAGCAGAUUGCAGAAAGGAAAAGGAAGAUGACAAGAGAAGAAAGGAAAAUGGAAGCAAUUUUGCAAGCUUUUGCCAGACUUGAAAAAAGAGAGAAAAGAAGAGAACAAGCCUUGGAAAGGAUCAGCACAGCUAAAACUGAAGUUAAAACUGAAUGUAAAGAUGCACAGAUUGUCAGUGAUGCUGAAGUUAUUCAGGAACAAGCAAAAGAAGAAACUGCUAGCAAGCCAACUCCUGCCAAAGUAAAUAGAACUAAACAGAGAAAAAGUUUUUCUCGGAGUAGGACUCACAUUGGACAGCAGCGUCGGAGACACAGAACUGUCAGCAUGUGUUCAGAUAUCCAGCCAUCUUCUCCUGAUAUAGAAGUUACUUCACAACAAAAUGAUAUUGAAAAUACUGUACUUACAAUAGAACCAGAAACUGAAACUGCACUAUCAGAAAUAAUUACUGAAACUGAAGUUCCAGCACUUAAUAAAUGCCCUACAAAGUACCCCAAAACAAAGAAGCACUUGGUCAAUGAAUGGUUAAGUGAGAAGAAUGAGAAGACAGGAAAACCUUCAGACAGCCUUUCAGAAAGGCCUCUGCGCAUAACUACAGAUCCUGAAGUGUUAGCUACACAGCUCAAUUCUUUACCAGGUCUCACUUACAGCCCCCAUGUAUACUCUACCCCUAAGCAUUAUAUUAGAUUUACUUCACCAUUCCUUUCAGAAAAAAGGAGAAGAAAAGAACCUACUGAAAACAUUUCUGGCUCAUGCAAGAAGAGAUGGUUGAAACAAGCUCUGGAAGAAGAAAAUUCAGCAAUUUUACAUAGAUUUAAUUCACCCUGUCAAGAAAGAUCCAGAAGUCCUACAGUCAAUGGUGAAAAUAAAAGUCCACUACUAUUAAAUGAUAGCUGUUCCCUUCCAGAUUUAACUACACCACUAAAAAAACGAAGACUUUAUCACUUGCUUGAUUCUGUUUACUCAGAAACCUCCACACCUACUCCUUCACCGUAUGCUACACCAACUCACACAGAUAUUACUCCUAUGGAUCCAUCAUUUGCCACUCCUCCACGGAUAAAAUCGGAUGAUGAAACUUGUAGAAAUGGUUAUAAACCCAUAUAUUCACCAGUUACCCCAGUAACUCCUGGUACACCAGGAAAUAACAUGCACUUUGAGAAUAUUUCUUCCCCAGAAAGUUCUCCAGAAAUAAAGAGACGCACUUACAGUCAAGAGGGAUAUGACAGAUCUUCAACUGUGUUAACAUUGGGGCCUUUUAGAAAUUCCAAUUUAACCGAACUGGGUCUGCAAGAAAUAAAGACUAUUGGUUAUACCAGCCCUAGAAGUAGGACUGAAGUCAGCCGGCAGUGCCCUGGAGAAAAGGAACCUGGGUCAGAUCUUCAACUGGGACUCGAUGCAGUCGAGCCAACUGCCUUACAUAAAACCAUGGAAACGCCUGCACAUGACAGGACUGAGCCUAAUAGCCAACUGGACUCGACUCACUCUGGACGGGGUACAAUAUAUUCUUCCUGGGUAAAGAGUCCUGACAGAACGGGCGUUAACUUCUCAGUGAACUCCAACUUGAGGGACCUGACACCCUCGCAUCAGUUGGAGGUUGGAGGAGGCUUCCGAAUAAGUGAGUCAAAGUGCCUGAUGCAGGAUGAUACUAGAGGCAUGUUUAUGGAAACAACUGUGUUUUGUACUUCCGAAGAUGGGCUUGUAUCUGGUUUCGGACGGACUGUUAAUGACAAUUUGAUCGACGGGAGUUGCACACCCCAGAAUCCACCACAAAAGAAAAAGGUUUCUCUAUUAGAAUACCGUAAGAGACAACGUGAAGCUAGGAAAAGUGGCUCUAAGACAGAAAACUUUCCACUGGUUAGUGUAUCACCUCAUGCAAGCGGAAACUUGAGCAGCAAUGGUGAUGGGUGUGCCACCAGUAGUGAAAAUGGGGAGCAGGUAGAAAACACUGCUAGCCUACCAUUACCAACACCAGCUACAGUUUAUAAUGCUACUUCUGAAGAAACCAGCAAUAACUGUCCUGUUAAGGAAGCUACUGCCAAUGAGAAGAAUGAACCAGAAGUUCAAUGGACUGCCUCAACUUCCGUGGAACAAGUGAGAGAAAGGAGUUAUCAGAGAGCUUUACUUCUCAGUGAUCACCGAAAAGAUAAAGACAGUGGGGGAGAAUCACCAUGUGUCUCAUGUUCACCGAGUCAUGUUCAGUCUUCACCUUCAUCUCAUUCAAAUCACAUUCCCCAGUUGCAAGCUAAGGGCCCAGUCCCUGCUUUCAGUGAACUUAUGGAAGACCCUGAUCCUGAAAAUCCAGAACCCACGACUACAAGUGAAUGUCCAUCCCCGGAUACUUCUCAAAAUACCUGUAAAAGCCCUUCAAAAAUGAGCAAGCCUGGUUCACCAGGACCUGUACUUCCUGCGCAAGCACAUGGGAAAAUACUCACAAAACCAGAUUCCCAUUGGGAGGCAACAGUUAUUGUAUCAGAAGCUGAGAACAGCAUCCACCUAAAAACAGAGCUCCAACAGAAACAGCUAUCAAAUAACCCCCAAGCACUUUCAAAGAAUCAUCCUCCUCAGCCACAUGUUCGCAAUUCAUCUGAGCAACUUUCACAGAAGCUGCCUUCUGCACCAGCCAAGCUGCACUGUCCUCCAUCACCUCACGUAGAAAAUCCUCCAAAGUCAUCUACACCCCACACACCUGUACAACAUGGUUAUCUGUCACCAAAGCCUCCUUCACAGCAGCUAGGAUCUCCCUAUAGGCCUCACCAUUCACAGUCACCUCAAGUUGGAACACCCCAGCGAGAGGCUCAGAGAAACUUUUAUCCAGCAACACAGAACCUUCAAGCCAACAUUCAGCAGGCAACUUCUGGAGCAUUAUUUACACAGACACCCUCAGGACAAUCUUCAGCAACAUAUAGUCAGUUUAACCAACAAAGUCUGAACAGCACGGCCCCACCUCCUCCACCCCCUCCGCCUCCCUCUUCUUCGUCUUAUUAUCAAAACCAGCAGCCCUCUGCAAACUUUCAAAAUUAUAAUCAGCUCAAAGGUAGUCUUUCUCAACAAACUGUGUUUACAUCAGGACCAAAUCAAGCACUUCCUGGCACCACAAGCCAGCAAACAGUUCCAGGACACCAUGUUACUCCAGGGCAUUUUUUGCCCUCUCAGAACCCUACUAUUCACCAUCAAACCUCUGCUGCUGUCCCACCCCCUCCUCCUCCACCACCUGCUCCAGGACCACACCUUGUACAACAGCCGACUUCCCAUCAGCAACACUCUGUAGCACAUGUAGUGGGGCCUGUUCAUGCUGUCACUCCAGGGUCGCAUAUUCAUUCUCAAACUGCUGGACACCAUUUGCCACCACCUCCUCCCCCUCCUGGUCCUGCCCCUCAUCACCAUCCCCCACCCCAUCCUUCUACAGGACUCCAAGGUCUACAAGCACAACACCAGCAUGUUGUAAAUUCAGCACCCCCACCUCCCCCUCCACCGCCACCUUCCGGUGUUUUGGCUUCUGGGCAUCACACCACAUCGGGUCAAGCCUUACACCACCCACCUCAUCAAGGACCUCCACUUUUUCCUUCAAGUGCUCAUCCAGCUGUACCACCGUAUCCCUCACAAGCUACACAUCACACCACUCUGGGACCGGGACCCCAGCACCAGCCUUCUGGAACAGGGCCACAUUGUCCAUUACCUGUUGCAGGUCCUCAUCUCCAGCCCCAAGGACUAAACAGUAUUCCAACACCUACUGCUUCAGGGUUCUGUCCUCAUCCUGGCUCUGUGGCCCUGCCACAUGGGGUUCAGGGACCUCAGCAGGCAUCGCCAGUGCCUGGACAGAUUCCAAUUCACAGAGCACAGGUGCCACCAACAUUUCAGAACAAUUACCAUGGUUCAGGGUGGCAUUAAAAUGGACUCCAAAAACAUUUUUUUAAAUGUUCUGUAAGAUAAAACUGUAUAUUUCAUAUGUACCUGUUAAGGUACUUUUUAAAGCUUGUACAUGAAACUUUGUAUAAAAGAACACCAGUGCUCCUUCAUUGUAUUUUUUCCCAUUUUUGCUUUUUUAAAAUUCGUUUUAAAAUAUGCUCUUAAGCCAGUAUUAGAUAUCUUUAUUUUGUAAGUGAACAUUCCAGCAGUUUUUCUGGCAGUAGAUUUGAUGCUACAUGAUCUUUAAAUUUUGUUGCAGUUAAAUUCCUUUAGUGAAUGUUUUCUAUAUUAUUUUAUACAUAUGCAUUAAGUACACAGCUAAGUAUUGGCACUAUGAGGAUUUUCAUUUCUUUUUUUUUUCUGUCAGCGGUUCUGUGAGUGCAUCUUAGGUAUAAAAAUGCAAUACAGAUUUUUAUAGUUUGGUGUGGAUGUGGCUCAUUUUGUUUUACCGGUUACUUGCAAGCAAAAUGUAAUUUAAUGUAUAGAUGAUUUCUAAUGUCUCUUGACAAACUGUAAAUACUGCAUUUCUUUUGCGUAUAUAAUUGCUUACAGCUUUUCUCAUUUGAUAUAUAAGCAUUGUACAUAUGACAAGUCUUUUGCAAAACUGUGUGAUCUUUGUGAAAGUAGUACAGUAUAUGACCUUUAAUUUCUUUUUUAUUUUAAAUAUACUGUCACAUUGAAGCACUGGUUGGGCAUUUUAAUUCAUGUUAAUAAAUCACAAUUAUGUCAGUUUUA